AUGAAGAGUCGUAAUCAUACAUUGUUUGGCAGGAUGCUCUUCCUCUUCAUGAUCACGUUGUUUGUGCCGGUGGUACAUUCAGCUGGUUCGCCGUCUCUUAGAAUAGGCUUCUAUAGACGAUCUUGUCCAGCCGCCGAAUCCAUCGUCAGAAGAAUCGUGAGAAGGACGGUGUCUCAAAAUCCCGGCAUUGGUGCAGGACUCAUUAGGUUGCACUUUCACGACUACUUCGUCCGGGGUUGUGAUGGUUCAGUGUUGCUGAAAUCCCUCCCAAGUGGCCCGAAAGCAGAGAGAGACCACCCGGAUAUUUUGAGAGGGUUCAACAUCGCGAGAGCCAAAAGAAGAAUCGAACGUGUCUGCCCUAACACCGUCUCGUGCACCGACAUCCUCGCUUUCGCCACCAGGGACAGCUCCCAGAUACUCGGACGCAUCAACUACCCUGUCCCCGCUGGCCGCCGUGAUGGCAUCGUCUCCAGCUUCAACGAGGUCACGCAAAACCUCCCUUCCCCGAGACUCACGGCCGACCAGCUUAUUCAAAACUUCGCCAGGAAAGGGUUGUCGGCGGACGAGAUGGUGACGCUCUCCGGUGCGCAUUCCAUCGGCAGGUCCCGCUGUUCCUCGUUCUUGGCGGAGAGCCCGGCGACAAGGGGGUACGUGGAUGUGAACGCCAGGUACGGUGUGGCGUGGACAGUCUUUUAUCAACGUGGGUGCUCUAACUCCGGCUGGUACGGAAGACUGAAUCAUGUUCUUUAUAUGAUGAAACGUUCAAUAUUGUUCCUUUCUUACGAUUGGUGA